AUGACUACAGAAGAAAGCGUGAAGUUGUGUUGUCAAUGCUCCAUAGUAAAAUGGUAUUCUGGACCAGGUGAAGGUGAGAGUCCGUAUCUUGACAGUGAACAUGAGCUCAUAGGUGUGAUGGGGAUAAAAUAUGAAGGGGAUCUUUCUUCUCUUGUGAAAGGGAAGAGAAGCAAGAUCAACAGCAAAGGCAGGGGGCCGCCACCGCCACCUCCCAGCAGCCCUCCCUUCUGGGACUACGCUCACCCUGCUUUUCCUCCAGAAUGCAUGGUCAAGCCAGAAUACCUGGAGAGAGAAUCUCCGAAAGUGUACCCUCGGUGUUCUGGGGUGUAUCCUUACCACCCAUUUCCCAUGGGAUUUGCCAUCAAUCCGUCAAACUGUAGGGGAGCACCAUCACCUCCAGGGAUACCACUGCAGAGAGGUUUCCGACCCAUUCCUAGCAACUAUGGGCCAGGGAAUGCAGCUUCUGCAUCAAUUCCAGAUGGAGUUGGAGAUUUCCAUCAAGGGUACUACACUCCUCUGCCUCAGUUCAUCCCACCAAGUUUUCUGCCAGGGAUUCAUUACAUUCCACCUCCCCUUUCACUGAACGUGUUGGCUGAAACAACCAAGGAAGCUCAUGCUACUGAAGCUGACAGUCAGGAUUCAGGGGUGGUUCAUGAACCUGGACAGCCAUCUUCUUCCCCAGAAGAAACAACCAGAGACCAGUCUGUAUAUUCUAACGAGUAAAUGGGCUGGAGAAGAGCUGAGUAGCAGGCAGCGCUAUUUUCAUUUCUGAGGAGAGUUUUAGUUAAUAUGAGGGCAGAGUGACACUUCAGUCACUCAGCAGUCAUAACAGCUAGAAGAA